AUGUUAACAACUGAGUAUGAGCUCUUCAGAAUGAAGGACGACAAGUCCAUUCAGGACAUGCACACUCGUUUCACCUCUAUCAUCAAUGAGCUUCACUCACUGGGAGAAAUCAUUCCUAGGAACAAACUUGUCAGAAAAAUACUUAGUGUAUUACCUGGUUCCUGGGAAAGCAAGGUAAACGCCAUCACAGAGGCAAAGGAUUUGCAGAAGCUAACCAUUAAUGAACACAUUGGUAAUCUGAAAACUUAUGAAAUGAAUAAGAAGAAGGACAAUAAGAGAAGAGAUCCUAAAAGAGAGAAGAACCUAGUCCUCAAGACAGACAACUAUGACUCAGGAGGUGAGGAUGGUGAUAUGGCAUAUCUGACAAAGAGAUUUCAGAAAAUGGUUCGCAGAAAUAGAGGCAAAUGGAACAAGGUUCCUGACAAAAAUUUCAAGAGAAAAGAUGCCGCUGACAAUAUUGUGAAACAAGCUCUUGCUGCAUGGGGAGGCUCAUCCAGCGAAUCUGGAGAUGAUGAUGAUCAAGGUGACAGCUCCAUGAUGGCAGUAGAAAGUGAAGCAGCUGAAUAUGAUUCCAUAUUUGCUCUAAUGGCUAAAUUAGAUGAGGAUGAGGAAGUUGACGAUGAAGAUGAGGUAAACUUUUUGGAUGUUCAAAGAAAUUUGAAAUCCUAUUCUCAUAAGAAGCUUACGUCUUUGGCUAAUGUUUUAAUUGAUGCAUAUCACAGUCUCAUCAAUGAUAAAAAUGCGCUAACCACGGAACUAGGAGAAAUAGAACAUGAGAGAGAUGAUCUAGUGGUGGUUGCGGUUGAUCUAAGAGAGACCAUUGAGAGUUUAAAAAGGGAAAAAGAUAUUUUGAGUGAGAGAAUUGCAAACAUAGAGCAUGAGAGAGAUGUCCUAUUGGUAGUAGUUGUAGACCUAAAGGAAUUAAUUGAGGAACUAAGAAGGGAAAGUAGGCUUGUGAACACUCAAAAGGGAAAGGAAGUUGCAAGUGAGGAAGAUCUAGGCGAGGUGAAGAGUGACCUAGAAAAAUCUCUUAAGAUGACCUGGUCUUCUAAUGCAAUCACUGCUACGCAUACGAAUAAUGGAGGGGGGAGGGGGGAACAGGAAACAUGUAAAGCCAGAUUCGAGUCCCAGCAGAAAAACAAAGUUUUUGCUGAAAAAGGAGCAGUGAAAGGAAGCAGCCAAAGAUGGUACAUGGAUAGUGGCUGCUCGAAGCAUAAGACUGGAAGCACUGAUGAUUUUCUUUCACUCAAAGCCCUGCAAGGAGGGAGUGUAUCAUUUGAAAAUGGAAAAAAGGGAUACAUCCUUGGAGUAGGAAGAAUUGGGAAGUCUCUCACUCACUCAAUCGAAAAUGUGUAUUACGUGAAUGGCCUGAAGUACGGCUUGCUGAGUGUCUCUCAGAUCUGCGACAAAGGCAACAAGGUGGAAUUUGUGUCAAAAAUCUGCACAGUCACAAACCUUGUGACUGGUGAUGUGAUCCUGAUGGCAAAAAGAUUCAAGAACAUCUAUGUCGCUGAUUUUGAGUCACUACAUAAUAGAGAUCUCACGUGUCUGAGUGCUAUGGAUGAUGAUGCUGAACUAUGGCAUAGAAGAUUGGGCCAUGCAAGUUUUACAUUGCUGAACAAGUUGGUCAGGAAGGACCUGGUUCGUGGAUUGCCUAAGUCAAGCUUCAACGAUCACAAGGUGUAUGAUGCAUGUGCAAAAGGAAAGCAGAUCAGGUCCUCCUUCAAACCCAAAAAGGAAGUAAGCACCUCAAGGCCACUUGAUCUCCUCCAUAUGGAUCUUUGUGGACCUAUGAGAGUGCCAAGUAGAGGAGGAAAGAAGUAA